AAAAUCGUAAAAGUCAACAAAAUAUAAGCAGAAAAUAACAAAUAAUAAUAAAAAUAUCCAAAGAAUUCGGAAAACAAAUUCAAAAAAAUUCUGAAAUCCAAAUAUGAGACAUCCUGACACUCAAAAUGAAUAGUGAAGAAUGAAUUCGGAAGCACAGUUUCUUGGUGAACUUGAAAAUAAUAUUAAAAUUGAAAACUCUGAAGAAAACAGUAUCAUUCCUCAUUAUGGGCAGCAAAUGCUUGAAAUGGAAUAUAUUAAUAUCAAAACAGAGCCCUUUCCUGAAGAAUUUGAAGGGACAGUAUCUAUUAGAAUUAAUGAACCUGAAGUCAAGGUAGAGAUAAAACAGGAAUUAGAUAAUUUAAAAGAAUAUUAUUCUGAAAAUGAUAGAUCUAUUAGAACAAAGCCAAAGAAUAUUUAUAGCAAAACAUUUGUGAGAAAGAUUUUUCUGUGUAAAUGUGAAGUUUGUGGUAAAAGUAUAAUUAAAUCAACAAAAAACAAACAUCUGGACAAGCAUUUUCAUAAUACAAUCCCAACCUGCAGGUUUUGUGGAAAAACAUUCCUAAGGAAGAAAGAAUUCCUAUAUCAUUACAGAUUCCAUAGUGUCAAACAGAUAAAAUUCAAAUGCCCAGCCUGUACAACCAUUCUGUGUUCAAAGAGUACCUUUCAAAAACAUCUAAUAUCUUCACAUUACAAGAAAAAAUGGUUGGACAAGUCUAAAGGAAAUAAAGAUGAACAGAAAAAAUUCAAAUGCCCCAUUUGUUCAAAAAGAUUCUCUAAGAAGUCAUACCUUCAGAAUCACUCAUUAAUACACUCCAAGAGAAAACGUUAUCAAUGCCCACAGUGUCCUACUAAAAGUUUCUACUGGAAGAGCACCCUAAAUGUCCACAACAAAAUGCACACAGAUGCAAAGCCCUUCUCAUGUAAAAUAUGCUUGAAAACAUUUGGCUACAAAAGCUGCCUGAAGAAGCACCUGAUUGGACAGCACACCAAUAACAGACCAUUUGUAUGCCAAAUAUGCUCCAAAGGCUUCCUCCAGAAGCUCCAUCUAACAGAUCAUGAAAGAGUACAUAAGGGUGAAAGGCCAUUUGAGUGUGAAAACUGCAGCAGAUGUUUUUAUCGCAAAGCAGAGUUGAAAAAGCAUAUACUGGGUGUCCAUAGCACUGAAACCAGGUUUCAGUGCCCAGUGUGCCUAAAUGGAUUUUACUGGAAGAGCCAGCUGAUUGCUCACCAAAAGAUCCACACUGGAGAAAAGUCUCUGCAGUGCUCAUAUUGUCCUAUGACCUUUGUGGGAAGGAACCCUUUGAAGAAACACAUGAAACUCCACACUGCAGACAAACUGUACUCCUGCACAGUGUGCCCAAGGCAGUUCAGAGUCAAGGAAACCUUCAGAAGGCACUUGAAAAUCCACACAGAAUCUGGGGACAAGCACUACAGUUGCCCUUAUUGCUCUGCUAGGUUCAUGACAAGAACUGAACUCAUAGAACACAAGAAAGACCAUGAUGAGCUCAGACCAUUCCAGUGUCCUAGCUGCACUGAAUGCUUUGCUAAAAGAAAAGAAUUGAAGGUCCAUGUGGCUGUGCAUUCUGAUAAGAAGCCAUUUCAGUGUGAGAAGUGUCCGAAGAGUUUCAAUCAGAGACAUGUCUUGAAGAACCAUGAAGCCAUCCACCUGGAGGUGAAACCUUUUAUGUGUCCUGUGUGUUCAAAGGGGUUUUCUUUGAAACACCAAAUGUAUAGGCAUUCACAAAUUCAUAGGGAUCAUUUGCAUGUCAUAGAAACAUCAUUUUAAUCAGACUAUUUGUAGAUUGCAAUAAAGAUGGGUUGUUGUGAG